AGACGUAUUUUAUCGGCCUGAUACCUACAUUACCUGGAGUCUUCUAGACCAGUCGCAAACACGAUGAAGGGACCGCACUCACGGACGUGGACGGUCGUGUGGCUGGUCGUGCUCGUCGCAGCUCCGUCGUGCGUGUCGUCCGCACGGUGUCCCCGGUCGUGCAAGUGCGAAUACGACGCUACGGGACGGAAGACGGUCGUCUGCGACAACGGAAGCCUGACGGACCCGAUACCCGUCUUCGACAUGGAGCGGGACACGAAGAUUCUCACCAUCACCGCCCCGGAGGACCAGAGUAACACGCUGACGGUGGGUCCCAUCUUCUCGACGCUCUCCCAGCUGGAGGAGAUCCACAUCACCAAGUCCAACGUCCCAGCCAUCGGCGAGAACUCCUUCUGGGGCCUCAGGCACCUCAGGCUUCUUAACCUGACCAACAACAACAUCACUCUACUCCUCGACUCGCAUUUGAGGGGCAUGAGGUCACUCGAGUCGCUGCAUCUUGAUGACAAUCAUAUCAACUCAGUGGCCUCAGCAACUUUCAUGUCUCUGGAGAAUCUAGAAACGCUGACGAUGGCGAGGAACAAGUUACGUGGCCUCGCCCCUCGAAUGUUUCUCCUGCUGAACCGCCUUAAGACCUUAGAUCUCAGUGGAAAUGCGAUUCGGGAGUUGGAGCCAGAGGUCCUGAAAGAUCUCCCCUCACUGACAACCCUCCGGUGUGCAGACUGCGGUCUCACGAUGGUGAAAUCGCUCGUGUACAGAGUUGUGCCUCGCUUAGAGAUUCUCGAUCUCCGAAACAAUCAUAUCACGAUGUUAGCCCCGGAGGAAUACAUGGACCUGGAUUAUUUGAGACAUCUCUAUCUUGAUGGGAACAGGAUCUUUGAGCUGAAAGAUUACACCUUCAAAGGGCUGGCUUUGCAAGACCUUGGUCUUUCAAGAAAUCGAAUGGAAAAGAUUUCCCGAAUGGCAUUUGAAGACUCUGCUGUCCUAGCAAUCGAUUUGUCCUCUAAUAACAAACUGCAGUUUGCCUCCUUUCGCCAUCUCAACCCAGUCAUUGGCCACAUGCAUGAACUCAGCAUUGGAAGCAACCGGCUCAGCGUAGAACAUAUACGAGACCUUCUCAAGAGAGCGAUAAAACUGAAGAAGUUGAAUCUCAGCCAUAUGCAUCUCAAUCAACUGUUGCCAACUAUGUUUGCCUCUCAGGCUAAACUGGAGGUCCUCAACUUGUCCAGCAACAGCCUUCGAUACAUCCCCGUGGAUGUCCUCCACUCACUGCCCAGUUUGCACAUCGUCGACCUUCGCAAGAAUGAUUUCAGAGGACUGCCAGAAAUUAUUUUGCGGCGCUUAGAUCGCGUCCACAAUGUAGAACUGGAUGGUAACCCUUGGUCUUGUGAUCAGUGCCAUAUUCCCUACUUGAAAAUUUGGCUGAAUAACACCAAGGCCUUUAGAGAAGCCUGCCAGCCCGACGUAGAUGCCCCAAAAUGUCUGAAAUGCCAGUCGCCCAUAGAAAUGUACGAUAAGCCUAUCAUUGAAAUAGAUGGGUUGGAGCUGCAGCCUUGUCCUGAGGGAACAUUUGAUGUCGCCGCUGCCAGUGCAAGUUCCUCGAGCUUCUCCCUGGUGCUUGCAGUGGUCACGGCAGCCGUGGUCGUCAUUCUGCUGCUGAUCAUCUUAGUGGUAGGCAUCGUGAUGUACAACCGCCACACGGCCUUCUACUACACUCACGAAAACGACUCCAGGCACCAUUUCUAUGAGAACCCCGUGCUGCACUCCGACCACACCGACAUCACACUCGAGGAGGACCUUGACCACCUUCCGGACAAGGACGUGAGGGAGGACAUGCAAAACAACGUUUCAGGUCACGACCCGACCAAAGGCGACAACGCAGAUUCCCCUGACAGUAUUAAGAAGGAGUCGACUGAGAACAACGUGGCAGUGAUCGACGAGCUCAUAAAAAGCAAAAACGGAAAAACGGCCCAGAACGGCAGGUCCUGAGGCUACUUUUAUGGUUCUAAAUAUGAUAGGAAAAAUGUGUGAUCGUCAGCAUUUAUAAGACUAACUGUACUGCCUACUCACUUUUUAGAACCGAGACUUUUUGGAAAAAAAAAAUAAAAACUGCAGUGCGUUUUUGAUGCUUUAGAUGUUCCAGAAUGUUAGCGUAUCAUCAGCAGGUUAGAAUCUGAAACGUCACUGUAUGUUUGUGUCAUUCAUAAUAUAUAAGGAAUCAUGUGCUCUACUGUGAUGUAUUCCUAAAACUGACAUACAUCGCACACACAGCAUUUACAGUCAUUUGUUAGUGGUGACGUGAUGUGUUCCGUAGUGACAUGGUUAGCCUCUCCCAUUUCCGUCGAGGUGGGACUUGAACUGGAGGUGAAAGUGAGUACAACAGGAACACCUCGAUGCUUCUUCUUCUUCUUCUUCUUCUUCCAGAGAAGAGUGGUUCGAUUCACUGUGGACCCUUUAAACUGGGAUGAGUCGGGGAGGGGAAAGUUGUCAAGUUGUCGCCCAUUACGUUGAUGACCCCAAGAGUUUUCAAUCUGUUUUUGUUUUUAGUGUAAAAAAUGAAUAAUCUGGCUAUGUGUCUGUCUCAUUUCAAGAAACGCGACAGAUUUUUUCUUUCGUGUUUUCGAUAUUUUGCACUUUUAUGUAACCCAGUGAAUUCUGAUUUAUGUUAUAGACAAAACUCAUUUACACAAAUGGUGUUGGUGUACGACUAAGCCUUUUAUUAGAGACUUUCUAGGCCUUUACAGUGGGUACUGUAAUGCAUGUGUUGGUGUAUGAUAAAUAUAUUUUUUGUGACCAAAUAAGGCAUUCUUAGAUUUAGCAACAUAUAUAGAGAAGUGAUUUAAGGACGCGAAGUCCACAAGGACACGAUACUUGGUAAGAUAUAUUUUAGGUGAUCUCUAUGAUAAUCUGUACCUUCUUCUCAUCAGGCUUCGUUUAAAUUAAGACAACUAAUCUAUUCGGUUAUGUAUACCUUUCAAGUGCUUAAUCGAGCUGCCUGAGUUUCUUUAAAGUUUAAUAUAUUCACCAGUAAUGUAUAUAGAAUUUGAAGAUAAUAACUCCAGCAUUUAUUAUUUAUUUCGGCUCUUACCAUAUGGAUACUGGGCAGCUUCAAGAAGCUCUGACAUUUUCCAUUUAUUUGAGGGCGUGGCACUUGCAUUGAAGCGUUGUAAUAGGUAAAAAAAAAAAACAUACGUUUCUAGAGGUCAUGCCCAUAUACUUCUCAUACACUGUGGGCAAGGGUACUCCUCAUGUGGUUAUACACCAGUAUCUAUAUAGCUAGGUUUAUAAGCAAAUUUGUAAUUGAAGAAGCUAUAUUUUUUCUUUCAAAACUAUUCUUGAGAUUAUUCUAUAGUUCUUCAACACUCCCAGAAGCUGUUUUCAGUUAUUUUGCUUUGAUCAAGUUACAUACUGAUCUUAAUUUGAUCUUAUGAAGUCCACUUCCUUAUCAUAAGGAACUUGGUUGUAUUUUAUUUCCAUAAAUUUAAAGGUUUAGGAUAAUAUGCAGUUCAGACAGGAUAUACUGGUACUAUAAUUGAAUAUAAAACAGAUUGCAUAAUUAUGGUAGGCAAAGCCUUUGUCCUAAGGUGAACACACUUAAUAUAUUGGAUCUUUUGUGAUUUUAAGUUAAGUGAAACUGAUUUUUAAUUUUAGAGCUGUUUUAUUAAUGACAUGAGUUUUGUUAAAGUUUCCAUAUAAAUCUGGAGAUUUGCUUUAUGCUUUCUUGGAUGCAACAAUUCACUGCUAGAUUUGAAUUCAUCCUUUUUUUAUUUUAAGCUAAAUAUGUUAUGUGGAACAAAUAAUGACAUUAGAUUACACAAUACGUUUUCAGUAGCAAUGUUUGGUUAUGCUUUUCAGUGGCUGUCAUUUUCAUGUCAUUUAUCAUAUUCUUGUACAUCAUUAGUAUCUUUUGUAUUUUCUAUAGUCUUACUGCAUAACCAUGUAACGUAUAUUAGAUUUUCUAUGAGGACAUUCCAGUAUGCAUUUUACAGUAACAUUUUAUAUCUUAAACAUUCAGCUUACCUGUAACUCAGCUGAGAACUCUCAAUUAUGCAUUGAAAAUUGCUGUAGUAUCUUAGAGGGGUCCACCAGAUCGGUAGUGAAAAUUGGAAAGCUGAAUAUCUGUAAACAAACAUGAUUGGUGAUGUGUUAAAUACCCUGUGUUAUUGCUAGAGGUAUUGGUGAACUCACUGGUACCAGUGUCUACAUGAGAAUCAUAUUUUUAUUAUCAUAGUUAGCAUUACUGUGUCUAAGCUCUUCCAGCACAGCCAUUUUCAUUGUGGCUAAACUACUGCAAAGAUCAACUCUCAGAUUUGGUCAGGUUUAGAGUAGAAAAUACCUCAUGCCUCUGUGCAGUCUCCUAUUUCAUAAAAACAGAAAGACGUUCGCUCAAGACUUGGUAAGGGGACAUUCACAGGUUAUUUCAAUGCAAAAGAGAUUUCGAGUUUUCAUGGAUCGAAUUUUCUCUCAUGGUGUCAUUUGAUUUAUACUGUAAUUUUUAUUUAAGUGUUCUGCCAUAUAAGAGUAGCCUCAGAGUUUACUUUUCUCACAGGACUCUAAUCUUGGGGAAUCUGUGAAUGUGGCCCUGUGGCCACUUAUAGCAAAAUGCAGACCCUUUAUAAACACACCCCUUCAUGAAAUAAACGUUUUGCUGAUAUAAUCCUUCCAAUUUCAGAGAGGAGAAACAUUGCCUUGAAAUGGUGAAUUUUUGUUAGCCUGACCAUGUUAUUCGUUGGUGUGUCUAUCAGCAUCAACUCUACUAAAAAAGGGAAGCAGCUUUCUUUGAGAAUAAUUUUUAAAUUUCAAAAUUCUAUAUAGAAUUAACCCCAUUCCCAAAUUAACUAGUACUGUACUUGUACACUGAACAUUGCCUUUGAGGCUUAGUGGAUCCAGCCUUUUACUGAUGCCACUGUGCAACAGGGCAUUUACAUCCCUAAAUGCAAUGAUCUAUUUCAAGAUAUUUUACCAGAAAUGGUAACAUAAAGCGAAACAUGAAUAUAAGGCCACAUCCAUAGAGGGUGCUUUGCAAUAUGAACUUGACUUUUUGGAUAAGAUUGCAAGUACUGGCCUAGCUACACUAUUCCAUCAAGCAGCUCAAAGACAGGUUAUACAGGUAAUAUGUUUGGCACGCCACCUCUGAUUGGCUGUAGGCUGGGCUCCCAGACAAUGUCAUCAAGCCUCAUAUCUAUGAAGAAUGAAUUUCUUAUCCUUACCCCAUCACUAAGCCCAGGUCACCCUCAGCAAGCAACGCACCGCUAACUGUUGGUCUUAUUUUAGUAUUUCUCAUAGUUUCUUUAAUGGCUUUGUUCUCGUUGUUCUCCGCAAUGGCUGUGAUUUCCAUUUCAUUAGAUAGUCUGGUUAAGUAGAUAAUAAAUUUACUUUAAUAGCUUCUAAAUUUUUCACCGAGAGUUUUUGGCAUUGUAACUAACAAAUUUUAUAACAGCAGUUUUUGAACCCUGGAAUUUUAUUCAUGCCUUAGCAGAACCCAAAUUUGUUUCCUUCACAGACAGUUUUUUUUAUCUAAAUUGUAUCAUUUUACAGAUUCAGUGACAUUAACACAACAUAAGAAUAAAAUGUACUUUUGAUUGUGGUAAAGCCAGCAAGGGGUCUGUGUUGAAGUCACCAUUACUAGUCAGAAAACCAGUAAAAUAUCUUGAACAAACUCUCCAUUGGAAAUUCCUUUGUGCUUUUAAGGAUGUCCUCAUUCCCAAGUCUUGAGUCUUCAUAGAAAUCUUGCAUGUUACAGUUACUUGAAGGUACUGAAUCUAAGCAUUGAACUUUGUACUUCAUGAUGGUCAGUGUGCUCUAGUGCAGGCUGUAACCAUGGUAGUGCCUGUAACACCCAUGUGUGGUCAAGGGGAAUUUCUAUUUAUUUGCACCUUGGGCUUUUGACUGUUGAUGAUGAGUAUGAUUUUAAGCUCUUCGAGUUUCACAAACUUAUUUAAACUGGCAGAACUAAACGCCACUGUAGUUUUACGAAUAUCUGUUUCUUGAGAUUUUACAUGACCCACUUGCUGAAAUAAUAGUAGGUUCAUUCUCUCUGUAAAAGGAAAAAUUUUCAUUGUACCAUAGCCAUCGAAAAGAAUAAUUAGACGUUGUGUACUACAGGAAGUUAGCUACAGUUUACACAGUACUUUUGGAACGACUGGGAACUCAACAGUCAAAAACCCUGGUGUCACCCUACUUCCACUGUUGUCUGUAUUAUAUUGUAUACACCUACUUUAGAAUGACAGAUAACCGUACCUUAGAGGAAUAAUGGAACUGACAAACAUUCAGAGGAAUAAAUCACUGAAUAGGCUCUGACUGUCAGACAUAAUUAUUCUUUUAUUCUUAUUUAUUAUUAUUAGUGAUUUUAUUAUCACAUGUUCGUUGAUUAAGAGGAGCAAAUGAAGAUAUUUUAGUAACUAUUUCUUAUGGUCCACAAGAGUCGAAACCAGACCCAUACUAGUUUUAAUUUUGUAUAUAUGUAGUGUUGUUCAUUUGACGAAGAAAAUUCUACAGUACUUGUCAUGUGGUCCUAAUUCCGUAUAUGUGUAUGAGGGUAUAUGCAAAUUUCAGUAAAAUUGGUAUUUUGUACAAAAUCAUUUGAUACAAAUUUGUCUUUAAUUUAGGGUACGGUCAAUCAUUGCCUAUAAAGCGAGAACCUAAAAACACAUUUACUGAUGCCAUUUAGGUAUAAAAUGAAAGAAUGUUGUUUAAUACACUAGUUAUUUAUUAUAUG